GCGCUACGGCGAAAGGCAGGCGCCGCGGGCAAGAUGGUUGUCAAAAGUUUUGCUUCCCGCUUCCGUGGCUCCCGGCGCUUUUUGAGUAGUUUUGUGGCCGGAGCUGUCGUGGGCGCUGCAGGAGUGGGGCUUACUGCCGUGCAGUUCCUCCGGAGUCGGGACGCUGAGCCUGCGUUGGCGGUGAAAGAGCCGGACGGUUCUUCAGAAAAGGCUCUCUUGGAACAAUUUGGAUUCCCAUUAACUGGAACAGAGACAAGGUGUUAUACUAAUCAUGCUUUAUCUUAUGAUCAGUCAAAGCGGGUGCCUAGAUGGGUUCUCGAACAUAUAUCCAAGAGCAAGAUUACAGGUGAUGCAGACAGAAAACAUUGUAAAUUCAAGCCAGAUCCCAACAUCCCUCCAGCCUUCAGUGCCUUCAAUGAGGACUACGUUGGCAGUGGGUGGUCACGAGGCCACAUGGCUCCAGCAGGAAAUAACAAAUUCUCAUCUAAAGCCAUGGCUGAGACCUUUUACCUUUCUAAUAUUGUGCCUCAGAAUUUUGAUAAUAAUGCUGGAUAUUGGAACAGAAUAGAAAUGUACUGUCGAGAACUGACAGAGAGGUUUGAGGAUGUUUGGAUAGUCUCUGGACCGCUGACAUUACCUCAGACUGGAAGUGAUGGAAAGAAAAAUGUUAGUUACCAGGUGAUUGGCAAGGACAAUGUGGCAGUGCCCUCGCACCUCUACAAGGUGAUCCUGGCACGCAGAAGCCCAGAGUCUGCUGAGCCCCUGGCACUAGGGGCCUUUGUGGUGCCCAAUGAGGCCAUUGGCUUCCAGCCUCAAUUGAGUGAGUUCCAGGUGAGCCUGCGGGAUCUGGAGAAGUUGUCAGGCCUGGUGUUUUUUCCUCAUCUGGAUAGAACUAGUGACAUCAGAAACAUCUGUGAGGUGGACACCUGUAAGCUCCUGGAUUUCCGGGAGUUCACUUUGUACCUGAGCACAAGAAAGAUUGAGGGAGCCCGAUCAGUACUCAGGCUGGAAAAGGUCAUGGAAAAUUUGAGGAGCGCAGGCAUCGAACCCGACCAGUACUUCAUGACUCGAUACAAGAAGAAACUUGAAGAACUCAGAGCCCUGGAGCAGUCGGAAGUCCUGGAGAGAAAGCCCUCGUAGUUCUUAGCCCAGAAAUGUGACGUCAUGUGCCAUGAAGCAGGUCCGGCCUCUUUAGGCUACUGUGUUUUAGUGGCUCUACUUUAAAAUGAUGGAAUCCUAAACUUAAGACUAAAUUUUGGAGUUCCCAUUGUGGCGCAGUGGAAACGAAUCCGACUACAAACCAUGAUGUUGAGAAUUCGAUCCCUGGCCUCGCUCAGUAGGUUAAGGAUCUGGCAUUGUCGCGAGCUGUGGUGUAGGUCACAGACGCAACUUGGAUCCUGCAUUGCUGUGGCUGUGGUGUAGGCUGGCAGCUGUAGCUCCGAUUUGACCCCUAGCCUGGGAACUUCCAUAUGCUGUGGAUGCGGCCCUAAAAAGCAAAAAAAAAAAAAGAUUUCUCUCCCACA